GGGGUGUAGCACAGGAAGAGGUGGAGGUCGGGGGAGCCGGCGGAGCUCCCUGCGAGGCUGCGGAGUCACCGUUACCCAUUUUACUAUGUGUGUGUCUUACAUUACAGCCAUGCUGCACAUCAGUGGCCAGAGCCAGGGGAGAGGGGAGGAAAAGCCUGUUUACACAGACUGCAAACCGCCUGGGGAAUAAUGCAGGAAAGGAAGUGAGCCGGCUCUCUGUCUGACUGCUCUGACUUCCUGCUCGCUCUCUCACACGGGCACACACACACGCACACACACACACACACACACACACACCCCGGCCGAAGGGGAAAAAAAGGAGAAAAAAAAAAGUAAAAUCAGGAUCUCAUUACAAGAGCAACAGAGCGUUUGCAGAAGACUGUCAGCAUGGAGAACCAGGGAAUUUUACCCGGCUCCCUCUAAACUACCAGGAGAGAGCGGAGAAGUCCCUCAGCCGCUGGGUAUGGAGAGUGCAAUCACACUGUGGCAGUUCCUUUUGCAGUUGCUGCUAGACCAGAAACAUGAGCACCUGAUUUGCUGGACGUCUAACGAUGGCGAGUUCAAGCUACUCAAGGCAGAAGAAGUGGCUAAGCUGUGGGGACUCAGAAAAAACAAAACUAAUAUGAAUUAUGACAAGCUGAGCCGGGCGCUCAGAUACUAUUAUGACAAGAACAUUAUCAAGAAAGUGAUUGGACAAAAAUUUGUGUACAAGUUUGUCUCCUUUCCUGAGAUUUUAAAAAUGGAUCCACAUGCUGUGGAAAUCAGCAGAGAGAGCCUUUUGCUGCAGGACAGCGACUGUAAGAUGCCUUCCGAGAGCAGGGAUCAGCACAAGCACAGCUUGUCAGCACUGAAAAGCACAAGCCGUAAUGAAUAUAUCCACUCUGGCCUGUACUCCUCUUUCACUAUCAACUCUCUGCAGAACCAGCCAGACCCUUACAAGCCAAUCAAAACAGAAAAACUGGAGGAGGAGUCAGAAGGAAACACACCAGUGGAAGAGGUUCGGACUGUCAUCAGAUUUGUGACAAACAAAACAGACAAACAAGUUAUGAAGCCCAUGGUGUCGUUGCCUUCCACUUCCGAAACGGCAGCUGCCUCUGCUUUUCUCAGCUCGUCAGUAUCAGCUAAAAUAUCUUCCUUAAAGCUACCCAACAGUGCCAGCAUUUCAUCUCCAUCGUCAUCUUCCUCCCGGUCACCGUCUCUGUCUCCCACCUCACCUCUCCCUGCAGAUCACAGGAGCCUCUUCCUUGAUUCCAGUUGCCACGACUCAGAUUCCCUUGAGCCUUUGAACCUCUCCUCAGGCUCCAAGGCAAAAUCUCCAUCUCUUCCCCCAAAGGCUAAAAAACCCAAAGGCUUGGAAAUCUCUGCCCCACCUAUGGUCCUUUCCAGCACCGACAUCGGUUCCAUCGCCCUCAACAGCCCUGCACUUCCUUCAGGAUCCCUGACUCCAGCUUUCUUCACUGCACAGACCCCAAAUGGAUUAUUGCUGACCCCAAGCCCGCUGCUGUCUAGCAUUCAUUUCUGGAGCAGCCUCAGCCCAGUUGCUCCUCUGAGUCCUGCCAGGCUGCAGGGACCAAACACUCUGUUCCAGUUUCCAACUCUGCUGAACGGUCACAUAACAGUGCCGCUCCACAGCCUGGACGGAGCCUCUUCUCCAGUGCUGCUUUCUCCUAACGCCCAGAAAUCCUGAUGAUGCCUCAUCUUGCCAAGGACUUACUGGUGGAUUUAACACUUCAUUCCUAUGGGCUAGUUUUUUUAUCAUCUCCUGUGUCAUGAGAAGGACAUUGUGAAAACCCUCUAUUACCUUGGUUUGCACUUUUCAUUACAUGGAUAAUCUACUUUUAUUAUGUUAGCAUUUUAAACAGUGUUUAUAUAUAAAAGUAUAUAUAAAUCUGUUUUGCAUUAAACGAAUUAUAAUUUUUUUAUAUCAUAGCUCUCAAGUGUUGAACACUUCUGUUGUUGAUGAAGUACUUUUCCUAACGGACUGCAACAAUGUAUCUAAUAAGGAUGUGAAGCUUCUUUUUAAUCCUUUUUCCUGCAUAUUAUGCAUUGUGCUUGUGGAAACUAUAACCGGCUGUGCCUUCUUUUGCAUAAUGUCAUGUAAAUGAUUUAUAUAUUUUCUAGUAUUAAGAUAAAAGGUUGAAAGAAAAAACUAGUAUUGAACAGCCCUAUGGUAGUAUUUCAGUAUUUCUCCACGGAUAGGCCAUAAGAUGCAGUGUAUUCAUGUACCUUUGUAUUAAGUGCUUUCAAAUUGUAU